AUGCAGAUCUCCGCAGAUUCGGAAGUACCGACACCAGACCCCGUCCUCGCGCUGACCCCAGAUAUUCGUGCGGACAGCAACCGAGACGGCGCUGUCGAUAUCAAAGACGACACUGAUCUUGCAGACAAGUUAGAAUGGUCCGACACCAAAGGGGCCAUCUUCCUGGCAAACAUUGGCGAUACCGACCGUCGAUGCUCGAAACUCGCUCUUGCAGGAGAGCCCUGGUCUGAUGAGGCACUUGCGGCAUGUCACGAUGCGUCAGACGAUAUUCAACGCUCUCCUCAAUACCUGGCUCCCCUGCGAACCGUUCCUCUGCCUGGUCUGGAUGAGGAGGCGUUCGCAAUGAUCCUAGUGGAAGAGGAAAUUGCCCGCCAGAAUGUGCGUAUCUUUCGUAAGGAAGAUCAGUCUUGGACUAUCACCCCCAAUGACCACCGGUUUACCAAGGAGGAGCUCGAAAAAGGCCUGGUGCUGGGUAUCGAUGCUCGCGAUACCCGUCGGCCUGGUGGGUGGAAUGGAACAGUCCAGGUUAAAUUCUUCGUGCAGAACGGCAAGUCGCCCGUCUCGGACAUGGUGCAUCUGCGUGUCGCUCCCAUCUUGACUCACCACCAUCUGCAACCGAUGGUCAAGUUCUUGUCCACAGCUGGGAACGAAUCUGACAGUCCUGCUCAGUAUAAGUUCGUGCAUGAUGUCAAAGAAGCAUUGAAGACAGCCGGGGUCCCCCAGUCCAUUUUUCUCUUUGAUCAUUCGGACGAUAUUUGGGCUCAAGACUUUCUCGAGCCGGGAUAUGCAAGCAUGCCGGGUCCGGACGGGCCCAGGAUCCUUCGCGUCAUGAUCCGCUCGUCGCAAGGAUCCCGCGUCGCUGGACGGCAGGUGUUCGAAUACAUGAGAGACACCGGACGAGGCGCGGUUUACAGUACCGGUGGAAUGAGAUAUGAAAUCAACUCGAUGGGGAAUCUCGAAACUAUACCCCCCUAUGAGUCAUACACAGCAGGACGGAUUAUCGAAGGCUCACAUGGAGAUCGUACUCCACAUGUUCUCGAGUACAUGCGUGCCCAGGAGUUCCAAAACCCCCUUGCGCUAGAUACGGAUUGGCUUGCUGUCGGGCAUGUGGAUGAAUUUGUCCAAUUUCUUCCCUCCAAAACCACUCCCCGGGGAUGGGUGAUGGCUAUCGCAGAUCCCGUGGCGGGAAUUGAGAUCCUCAAACAAGCCGUGAACGAUGGCCAUGGUGAUAGUCCAGCGUUUUCUCGUCCCUCCGGCGGGCCCCCUAAUGUGACUAUCAAAGAAUUGCUUGCACGUCCUGGCCUUCUGCAGAACAAUACCAAGUUUGCUGAAAACAUCAAAAGGAAUAGAGAACUUUUGAUCAAAGAGAUUGGACUUGCAAAAGAAGAGAUCCAUGAUAUCCCUCUUAUCUUUGAAACCGGGGUCUGUUGGGAGGGAGAUGAGGGAAACCCUCCAGAGAAAAAUUGCAGUCCUAACCAUGGAGCUGCCCUGUACCCUGGGGUCAUAAAUGGCGUUGUGCUAAGCGACACGCAGUACCUAGCUCCCAAUCCAUGGGGUCCCGUGAUUGACGGAAGAGACAUUUUGGUUGAGGCCACAAACAGGGUCUAUGGAGAGAUUGGUUUGAAGGUCACGUAUAUUGAUGAUUGGGAGUCGCAUCAUAUAGGAGGAGGAGAGGUUCAUUGCGGGUCCAACACUAUCCGCAAGGUGACUUCUCCAUGGUGGAAUCCGCCGCAAACCACUGAAUACUGGAAUUUCCGUGAUGAGCUCUGA